AUGGGGAUCCUUGGCUUGUUCUUCGCAGUUUUCAUUGCUUGUGCUGCUGCAGCGGAAUUCCCCUUUCCUCUCCAAGAAGCUCACAAUGUCGAGUUGACGCAAGACUACGAUUACAUCAUUGUGGGAGGCGGUGCCACAGGAUGCGCACUGGCCGCAACACUGUCAGAGAACUUCCGCGUCCUAUUGCUCGAGCGAGGAGGCUCCCCUUACAACAACCCACUGCUCAUGAGGGUGGAGAAUUUCUUCCUGGGGUUCCUGGAUGAUGGAGCUCAGAACUUCGUCACCACUGAAGGCGUUGCCAAUGCUCGGGGGCGCGUUUUGGGUGGUGGAUCAUCGAUUAACGCCGGUUUCUGGGACCGUGCCCCGGCUUCGGAGAUCGCGCAGCUCGGACUCGAUCCCGUCAAGGCUAAUACCUCGUACACCUGGGCAGAGAAUGCGAUUGUCUCGCUCCCUGUAUUGGGACCUUUCCAGAGCGCUUUCCACAAGGGGCUUGUCGAGGUUGGAGUGACACCGGAUCUUGGUGCCACUUACGAGCACUUCGUGGGAACCAAGACUGGGGGCUCGCUGUAUGACAGCAAUGGCCAGCGCCGGCCGUCUUCCAACUUGAUUGCCGCAUAUGCCAAUGCGACCAACCUUCAAGUUGUGCUCCAUGCAACAGUUACAAAGGUCCAGUUCGAUGAUGGUCUUUCCAAGCCCACGGCCAUUGGAGUUGAAUUCGUCGACGAGCUCGGACAAAUCCACGCCGCGUUCCUCAAGGCUGACGAAAGGAGUGAAGUGAUACUUUCCGCCAGUGCCAUCGGAACUCCCCACCUCCUGAUGAUGAGCGGCGUUGGGCCGGCGGAGCACCUCAAGCAGAAGGGCAUUCCCGUCAUUCUUGAUCUUCCAGUCGGCAAGAACAUUGCGGACAAUCCCGCCACCCGACUGUACGUCCCCUCUAUGUCGCCUGUGGAGCCGGCUCUCGUACAGGUGGCCGGAAUCACGCCCUUUGGCAGCUACAUCGAGGCCCUCAGCGGUGUCCAGAACCUCCAGGGCAGCGUCAUAUUCCAAAAGGUGGUAGGACCAAAAUCCACGGGAGAGGUUCUCAUUGACAGCAUGGAUAUCAGGCAGAACCCCUCCGUCACCUUCAACUAUUACAAGGAUCCCGAGGACUUGCAGAUCUGUGUGGGCGGCCUGAAUGUGAUCGAGGAGCUCCUUUUGUCCAAGAGCAUGACGCCGUUUGUCAAUGGUAUGCAAGCAAUGCCAUCUGGUAACAUUCUUGGCCUCCCGAUCCGUAAAUUCUACCCCAAGGAGAUGAUUGAUAUGGCCCUGGGUGCGUAUUGCAAGGCCAACGUUGGUACCAUGUGGCAUUACCAUGGUAGCUGCCGGGUUGGCCAGGUGGUGGACGCCCAAUUCAAGGUUUUGGGCACAGAGCAGCUCCGGAUUGUGGAUGGUUCCGUGUUCGACUUCUGCCCGGGGACCAACCCACAGAUACAUGGGAGUGGAGAUUACUUCCCGGCGUUUGACUUCAUGAGCUACUCGUACUUUCCAGCCGCCGCACCGCCAAGUAGUUAUAUUGUAGAUACGUUGUCCAAUUUUCACUGCUACAACCUAUAA